AUGGGAGUCGCGCAGCAAGAAAGCGACCACAGGCCGUUCAAGUGCGAUAUGUGCGGCAAGGGCUUCCACCGCCUCGAGCACAAGCGGCGCCACAUCCGCACGCACACUGGCGAGAAACCGCACGCGUGCAACUUCCCAGGCUGCGUCAAGCGCUUCAGCCGCAGCGACGAGCUGAAGCGGCACGUGCGCACCCAUAUGAGCACGUCUCGUGGCAAGAGCCGCAAACGGAGCGGCUCCAGCCCCGCGCUCGAACACCCAGUCGUUGUGCACCAAUUGCCCCCUAUCUCGGUCCCGGGCGUCGCACAGAUGCCGCCGCUGGUUCCGGUGGCCCAGCUUGCCUCAGUUGCGCAGCUAGCCUCUGUGGCGGCCCCAGUGGCCGUAGCGCCGUCCGCUACGGCUUAUAUUCCUAGAGCUGGACCUUCAUCAUCCACGUCGCUUCUCAUUCCUGGCGUUGUCGCUCCGAUGGUCUCGCCGGCGGUUUCACGCGCGGUUUCUCCCGCUGUGUCUCCUGCCUUUUCGCCGCACACCUCGUCUAUCCACCUGCAUCCAGGGCAUGCUUCAUUCUUGUCUUCGAGCUCUUCGUCGAUGAGCUCUGUUUUUUCAGGUGGGGAGAGUGGGCUGGCGUCCCCGCUUCCAUCGUCGCCCGAUCUGAGAGUUCACAAGCUGGCUGGCCUGCUGCCAUCGGUGCAGAAAAGCACACGUUCUGCCUCUGGUGGAAUGUCUAUUGCUUCUGCCGUGUUGAACAACGCGAAACGGCAGCAGCCCCUCCCAGCAGCUCGCCCCAGACUUCAGGGGCGCAAUUCGCAGCGUGCAAAGUUUGAACUCAACGACGACGACGAUAGCGACUCCAGUCAGCCAGCUGAUGUGCGUUUGCCUCCCUUGAGCUCUAUGUUAGAUGGGAUACAGGCUUUCCAAGAGCGAUGA